AUGUUCAAUCCCGACCCGAAGAAGCCUAUCGGAGGCAACAUCAUUGCUCACGCCUCGACUACCCGUAUCAGUCUAAAAAAGGGUCGCGGCGAGACCAGAAUUGCCAAAAUUUACGACUCCCCUUGUCUGCCCGAAAGUGACUGCCUAUUCGCCAUCAGCGAGGAGGGAAUAUGCGACCCUUCGCCGAAGGACGUUGAGAAGAUGAGCAACUAG